UGACAGCAGGAGCUCUCAGAAUGCUGCAGGAAGAAAUGGACUAACAGAAACUCUUUACAAGGACAUUCCUCAGAUGGAGGAGUGGUUGCGGAAUGGGGUUUCAUUUAACAGAAGCACCAGACAAAAUAGCCCUUCCUUGGAAGCUUUUUCUAGCAAGAUGGCUGCACUUGAGAAAGCCCCUGCUGCAUCGACAGCUAUUUUUGAUGUUUCUGUAGCUCCUGCGACUUCAAAUUUGGAAAGUUCGAUGGAUAUGGAUGUGCGAGGAAUCAGGAAGCUGAUAUGCAUGCUGUUAUAGACUCUGAACUUCUCAGUUUAACUCAAACAUCGGAAAUCUUGAAUUGGGGAAAAAUCACAGAUGCUUUGCUGCCUCCCGUGGACUCCCUAGCUGACCAGGUGAUGCGAUUUUCACUUUCUUCAACUUCAGUGGCCUCAGGGGACAUACUGGAGCAAGAAAAAUGCAUUUCCGGAUCCACUUCCAGUUCGCCAGAUUUCACUUCUGGUUUGUGGUCCGUGGACAAUAGGAAAGUGCAGAAAAUGGCGGGUACUUCAGAACAGGAAGCAACGCAGCCUCUAGGGCCUCCUCAAUACUCUAAGCAACUUCUGGGAGGUGAUUUGAGAGUUCCUGUGGGUACAACGACUGGGAACAUGGCGGGGAGUGAUUCUGGCAGGCUGGCAGCCUCACCUCAGCCUUCUAUACCACCUAGCUAUGCAAAUGUCAUAGCAGCUUCUACCAAGCACAUUGUUGAUAAGCCGUAUGUGAAAAUUAAGUCUGUCCAUAAUACUCCAAUAAUGAAAGAGGUUGUAUGGGAGACCCUCUUGAGACUGGCAGGGGUUCCACUGCAGUCAUCCCAUGGGGGAAGGAUCCAUCGGCUGAUGUUUUCUUCGAGACUCCGGAAGAAGCAGUGGCAUUUACCACCUAUUUCAUGGACCACAGAUCGCAGGCUCUGUGGUCAGUCUACGACAUAUCCCAUCUGAACAUCCAGCUAUGUCGUAAGGUAAGGGUCAAUUCCUGGACUAUUUACAUGACGGCUGACGAUGUUAAAGCUUAUCUUCUGUGGUAUUGUGCAGCUGUCCAUUCAGUGGUCAAGGCGUAUGUGAAGAAAAUACCCGGAGUUUGGGAUGGUGGCUGGGAGGCCUGGGUGACCAUGGCGAUGUCUACUGAUGGUAUACAGCUUAUCCUGGGGGUAUGUUUUGUGGCAGGACAGCGGGGUAUUCUGAGGUAUGCCAGAUAGCCCAGCUUUUGUUUCUUUUGUGAGGAUUUUAUGCAUUUGGUCCAGGUCUGCCCAGCUAAGAAGUGCGCAAGAUGUGGAUCUCUGGAACACUUCACCAAGGUGUGUAUACUCCACUGCUCCUACUGCGAUGGCGCUCACAAUUGGGCAGACUGUACACAAGAUUUCAUGUCUGCUGCUGAAACCACACCAAUCCCGACAGUCUACAGUGCCUACUUCCACUGCUGCAGGCGCCCAAGUCAUGGAGACAAUCUCAGGAUCUUCCCCCACCUUUUCAGCUGCGCCAGCAGAGUCACUUCCCCAGGGGCCUGUGCUGCCGCCGCUUGUGCCGCCCACUUUCUUGGCUUCCUCACUGCCUCUUUCUGAAGGUCCUUUACCUGCUCAUGAUGAUGUGGUUACCCAUGAACUAGAUGAGCCCAUUUUCCUGUCCGAGCCCAAUGAGAUGGACCAGCAGCUGGAGGGUGCCCAGGAUGACUUAUCAGAUGAUGCAGAUCAGGAUCUUAGGGAGGGUUGUAUAGGGGAGACUCCGGAUCCAGUGGUGGCUGUACGGAGGAAGUUCAAACAACAAGCGAAGCAUCUCAAACUUUUGAAAAGGAAGGAGAGAUGGAAGGAAAAGGGGCAUGACAACCAUGAAGAUGGCUGAACUUGCCAUUUCCUUUUCUAAUGUCAAUUUGAUGACUUCGGAUGUUAAACGGCUGCUGGUGAUGGAUUGGGUGGACUCCACUGAUGCUGAUUUGGUUUGCAUUUUUGAUACUGGACUGCUACCCAAGGAGGGUCUGUCUUCCAUUGGUACUUUAUGGUGAAGGCGUUUUCUCCACUCACAAGAUAUUGAUUGCCACUCCGGCACUGCGCUUUUUUUCAGCCGUCAUUUAUGACUAUGCAGGAUGUAUUGCACUUGAUACUCAGACAUUUGUUGUUAGUUGAUGCUAUGAUUUAUGGUCAAAUGUUUCAUUUUAUUUUCUUAUAUGCAUAUACUAAUUAUUCUGAUAGGCAGAAGCUCUUUGAUUUUAUGGCUCCAUAUUUAUUGUUUGCUUUUCCUGUUGUAGUAUGCAGAGAUUUUAAUGCGCACCUGUUAGAAGGGCCUCCGAGUACUUGCUCCGAUGUCAAAUUGUGUCACAGGGUUAUGUACCAUGCAGGUUUGAUGAUGGCUCCUGCCCCACAUUUUACAUUUCAUUCAGGGUCACAUUAUAUGAACAUUGAUUUCUGUUUGCACAGCAUGUCAUUCAGGUGUGCGGCUCACACAUCCCAUCUGCUCCCCUUCUCGGACCAUACGGCAUUUACCUAUACCUUUGGGGUUUCCCCAUCCAGUCUCCAUGGGAAGGGAAUAUUCUGCUUGUCUCCACUGCAUCUCAAUGCCCCAGAAUGGCAACAGGUUUUUCAUGAGUUAUGGCAGGACCACCUCACGUUGCUAUCUCUCUAUCCCGAUAUUGCAGAUAAUUGGCUCGAUUUUAAAUCCAAGGUGCAUGAUCGUUAUCGAUGGUACCUUACAAAGUAUCAUUCCCAUCUUAAGGGGCAAGCACAACACACUUAUGAUACAUAUCAAAAGUUUGCUUCCUGGGAUUUGGAUAAGGUCUUACAAGCCUUACGACAUUUGUAUGAUUUAACUAGGGCCGGGGUGACACAAGAGCUAUAUAAUCUAGCUCAUCUUUUGAAAGGGAAGGCAGAAGAAUUUCUUCCGUAUUUGGGAAAGAGGAAAUUGGUGUGCAGUACACAGGGGUUUAAAGGACACCAAGGGUGACAUGCAUAAUACUAAGCCUGGUAUUUUGAGUGUGGUUCAUGACUUUCUAACACAGUUGUACGGGGGUAAGCCUAUCUCCCAUGUGGACUGGGGAGUUUCCCCUCUUCCUUCAGAGUUAGUUGAUGUUUUUGAGGCCCCACCCACAAUGCUUGAAUUAAAAGAGGCCCUGCAGAAAUUGUUCACAAAGCAGACUGUUUCGGGGGAAGAUGGGCUACCGCACCGAUUCUAAUUGGGGUGGCGGGAUGAUCAGUACCAAUCCUUACUCGCUGUAUUUCAUCACUGGCAGACGAAUGGGUUUCACCAUGCAGAUUUUCUCAGGAUAGUUUUAAAGUUUAUCUGGAAGAAGGGGGAUAGGUCCAUGUUGCACAACUGGUUGUCUAUUGUGUUGUACAACAUGGACUUCAAAAUCUUUAUAAAGAUUUUUCAACUCAGGAUGAGGUCCCAUUUACAUUUGAUAUUAGAUCCUGGAGUUUAUGGGAUUCCUCGCAGACCCAUUUAGGAUUUCCUGCAUAUUAUCAAGUCAGUAUUCCAGCAGGUCUCCAGCACUUCCAUGGGCUUGGUGGUGUCCUGCGACAUCACCAAGGCCUUCGACAACAUCUCACAUUCGGUCUUGACUAACUUGUUGCGCCAGUACUGAUUUGGGGAUACUUUCUGCAUAUAGAUGACUUCCAUUUUUCACUUUUCCGAAAUUAUUCCGGUGGUUAAAGGCUGGAAGGGUCAGGUAGUUAUGAUGCAUAAUGGAAUAUGACAGGGUUGCCCAAUGAUCCUCUUUCUUCUUGCUCUGGUGGUCAAUGCUGUCCUUAGUAAAUGUUACUCCAAUGCACAACCCCAGUUUCGGACCUUUCUAUGCCACGGGGUAUCCAUUCCUUGCUUUGUGGCAUAUGCUGACAAUAUCACUGUGUUUUUGGAAGAUUACAUCACCCUAAGGGAACUGUUCUCUGACACUUUUCUCCCUCUUAUGCAUGAAGUUGGGUGGGCCCUCAACCUUACUAAGACGGUAAUUUUUGCAGGCAUUGCCAUGCCUCUAGCCAGCUUCCAGGAUCUUAUGGUUACUACAGAGGGUAUGCACAUUUUGGGGGUGCCAUUUGGCUCAGAACCUUUUGUAAAUAAGGAGUGUGGGGGGGGUGUUUCACAAAGUCUGCUCACUGUUAACAUUCUGGUCUACUUUCAAGCUCUCAUAGGAAAUACCAAGCACAUUUCUUGCCCACUCGUUGUAUGUGUUUUCUAUACAUUUUUUUCCACUACGAUGGUGUUCAGCCUUAUUAUCGACUUAUUUCCUUUCUUUUGGCAUUGCCGACUGAAUCCGAUUAAGAGCGGUAUUGUAUAUGCUAAGGUGGAAAAAGGUGGGUGUAAUGUGAAACACCCAGUUCUGUUUCUGCAUUUAAUGUUUUUGUAUAAUGUGUUUGUUCAUUUGAAAUCUGAAUCCUCAUUGGUGGUAACUUUGUUAAGGGCCACUACAGGCAGUUUUUGUGAAGUUUGCUUGAAAGAGAAAAGGAUUUUUAUGUUGCAUUCUCCUGAGUUGUAUGAUGUCCAGCUUGUAAUUUUUAGGUAUAGACUUUUUGAGAUGGACACUAAUAUGCCACGACAGUUGUGGUAUCACCAACUGCUGACUGAUUUUCAUGCCAUUGAUGCCUUUGCUACUUACACCCCUUUUCAGGCACAUGGCUUAAAGCAGAGGAGAAGUUUUCUCCAGCAAGUUCCACAUUGGGGAGAUUCUCUGUGGAGAUGUUCCCUUGACAAGGUACCACUGAAAGGUUCUACCAGUUUUGGAUCACCCCAGUCCAAAUUGUGCCCCAGAGGUUGUCAAGAGGCAGAGACUGUGGAACAUUUCCUUUUUACCUGUACAAGGGUUACACAUUUUUGAACAUUGUUUGCUGCCACCUUUGGCAUUCCACACUUGUUUCCACUGGCACAGGAUAAAUCUGUUUGCGGAUUAUCGCUGUCUUUGGACACUGGACGUUCGGUGGGCAGAUUUUGCUUUAUUUUCUAUUUUGUUUCUUUUCUGGAUUAUUAGGUGCAAAGAGGUGCAUUCCACUUUCAAAAGUAGGCCAUCAAUGCUUUGUAUUUCAGUGAAAAAUUGGUUUUUAAAAUGGGGAUAUGGUGAUUGCUUGUUGUGAUUUCUUUAAACUGUGCUUAUUAUGUAAAAAUUUGUGUUUUAUUUUUCAAUAAACA